AUUGGCUCCUCCUCCUGAAAUGCGUCAGAAGGUCAGCUGUCAGAGAGGUCACAGCUACGUGAUCAAGAUGGCGGCCUCCUUGUGUCAGUGUUAUCAGCUAUGUGUCAGAAGAAGUUGUCUGCUUUUGUCCAGUCGGUCAUAUACGUCCCUACAUGACAGAGCUCAUGUGUACAGAAUAUGUGGGUCUGUCACAGGUUCAUCACAGGUGCGGUAUGCAUCUGAUGGUGGUGGUCGCAGUGGUCGCAAAGGAUUUUUGGGGGAGUUUUUGGAUAAUCUGAAGCAGGAAUUGAGUAAAAACAAAGACAUGAAAGAAAGCAUCAAGAAAUUUCGUGAAGAAGCCCAGAAGUUAGAGGAAUCCGAAGCGCUCAAACAAGCCAGACGAAAAUACAAAACCAUUGAGUCUGAAACGGCAAAAACGUCUGAAGUGCUAAAGAAGAGAUUUGGAUCCCUGUCAGAAACUGUCAAGGAGGGUUUGGAAGAGGUGAGUCGUACAGAUCUGGGCAAGAAGAUCAAGGAAGGGGUAGAGGAAGCAGCCAAGUCGGCCAGAACCUCUGCAGAGACUGUGACCAAGAGAGGAGAAAAACUGGGCAAGAGUGGUGCAUUUAGAGCUAUAUCACAGGGCAUGGAAACUGUCAAGAAAGAAAUAGAUGACCUACAGGAUGGACCCUACAGACCUCCAACCAGAUUACGGAAGCGAAGUGAUUUCUCAUCCAAGGGUGCUGGCAACGAAUCCAAAGUCUUUGAGGCUAAUGAGGAUGCCAUGGGAGUAGUGCUGCACAAGGACUCCAAGUGGUACCAGCAGUGGAAGGAGUUCAAGGACAACAAUGCUGUUUUCAACAGGUUCUUUGACAUGAAGAUGAAAUAUGAUGAAAGCGACAAUGCCUUCAUAAGGGCUUCGCGUGCCGUCACUGAUAAAAUGACCGAUGUGAUAGGUGGGCUCUUUUCCAAGACUGAGAUGUCUGAAGUGCUGACAGAAAUUCUGAAGGUGGACCCCUCAUUUGACAAGGAUACCUUCAUGAAACAGUGUGAGAGGGACAUCAUCCCCAACAUUUUAGAGUCCAUGAUCCAAGGAGAUUUGGAGGUGCUCAAAGAUUGGUGCUAUGAAGCUACCUACAGUCAGCUAGCACAUCCCAUAAAACAGGCCAAGACUAUGGGGCUGCAGUUUCACUCCAAGAUUCUUGACAUUGACAACAUUGAUCUCGCCAUGGGGAAGAUGAUGGAGCAAGGCCCAGUCCUCAUCAUUACUUUUCAGGCUCAGCUGGUUCUGGUGGUCCGUAACACCAAGGGAGAGGUGGUGGAGGGAGACCCGGAGAAAGUGCUGCGGAUGAUGUAUGUGUGGGCUCUCUGCCGGGACCAGGAGGAGCUCAACCCCUACGCUGCCUGGAGACUGCUGGACAUCUCCGCCUCCAGCACCGAGCAGAUCCUCUGAGAGGAGCGCCGAUUCCACAGGAGAACAGGAGGGAAUGGGUGGGGGGCAGGGUAGGGUUGGAAGGGAGGUGGAGACACUCACCAAGAGAGACACACAUACACUGACACACGCAGUGGGCCCUGUCAGCUUGUAGCCAGCAGAUCACAUCACGUAACGUCGUCCCCCAACUGCAAGCUGCUCCCACCGGAGACUCUGGCCCUGACCAAUGGCGCCUCAAAGGGGCAGCGUCAGUGGAGGUGACUAGCGUUUCCCCCCCUCCCUCCAAAUUAACGAGUCCUCCCCCUGGUGAAGCAAAUAUCAUGAGCUGCUGUGAACGUGGACGCCAGACCACUGAGAUUAGUCAUUCUACCCAAGCUGUUGCACUAACAGAAGUGUUUUUGUUAAUUCAGUUUUUAUGGUUUCAAUCUCUGUAUUUUUCCAGCGUGGGGAAUUAAUCUGGGAUGCCAAAUGGUCAACCACUCUUGAAGAUAUCCAAAAAGCCCUUUUUUCUAAAUUAAUAAAAGAUGGACAGAUUGUCAUUUAUAAUGAACUUAAAGUGGAAAUCCAACACAUUUAUUAGGCAUCUGUUCUAUGCCUAUUUGCGCGUAUGGUUUUGUGAGCCCAUUAGAGUCAAAUGUUCCGCUUUUUCCACUUGCCUUACAGUUGGAAUGUUGGAAUUGUUUUGUGGAUGUAAUUACAGAUUUUGUUAUCACUCUAUUGUAAAAGCUUUAAUUUAUGAGACUUCUGCAUUCUAUUAGUUGUCCUUUUCUUGGCUUCAGAUUGCAGUAUAAAGGAACUAUUUGCCCAUAAGAGUGCAGCUAGUUUUCCCACACCCUCAAUACCUCUUUGCUAUGAUUGGUGCUGAAGUAGAACGUCAGGAGACUCUUGCUAGAUGUUGUCAUGGCAGCCAGCCACGGAGCUGAACGUCCGAUUAAACUGAACCAUGAUGUAUGUGCUCUCUGGAAAGCAUCAGUAUGCAGUGGGCUUAGCUCUUUAAACCUCACACACCCACAGUUGAUGUCUGACAGUCGAGUUCUUUUACCUCCAACAAAUGAAGAUGUAAAUCCCCGUCCUAUGCAUCCCUUUUUAUACUUUAGAUAUUCUUAUAUAAGUUUUAUAUCAAGGAAGAUGACAUUUGCCCCCCUUGAUGACCUUUCGUAGAAGGUGACUGCAAGGAGGUUUACAUCUUUGUCUAAAAGCCUCUUUCAUGUUGUAGUUUGCUUCUGACAGCAAGAACACCUGUUAUGAAAGGUAUGCUGGUUUAGCUUCAAAGCACAUUCGCAUAAUAUGCUUCAGAUACACUAUAAAUAAAAGGCAAAUUGAAAUUCA